AUGGAGGCGGGAACUGCUGUCGAUGAUAACGAUGGCAGUGAUUGCCAUGUUGCUCACAAGACCAGUGAAGACGAGGAGAGAGCAAAAUACGCCAAUGGCAUUGAAUAUGCUAUGAGGGAUCAACCUUCUUGGAUUGCCGAGUUAGAGGAUCCCUUCAUGUUCAUGGUGCCCACCAUGUUUCCGUACUAUGAACCAACAGGAUACAGUGUGGCAUUCCGCCGUCUCAGUGGAAGCACAAUAGCUACUUCAAUGGCAUCUGAAAGUGUGAGCGCACAGGAGCUAAUGGCUUACCGAUUGCAGAAGAUGCAUAUUCGGAAACUCUUGGGGCGGGUCCAUGAGUGGCAGUUGCAGUGCAGGAGACCAAGCGUCUUCCAAAGGUGUCUUUUUGGCAACGGCGGACUGGUGGUACAGAAAGAAUGA